AUGGAACUGGACAGCCUCAGGACGCGGCUGGCCCACCUGGGGGUGGACGUCCAGCCCACCUCCCGCAACUACCCCGCCACGGCUGACAGGAGCUCAAAGGCCCGAGGAGGCGACUCACUGAUUCAAGACCAGGACAGAGUUUGUGAAGAUGUGAUGGACGUCCUGCAACGCUGCCACCAGGUCGACGUCGCCCACUCUGCACCAAACAUACCCAGUGCCCAUCCAGGGGACAGAAACAAUAAGGGGGCGAAGGACUCCAGACGGGAGGAGGAUAAGGAAAAGACUGCCCUGUCCAAACCGCCAAAAUAUCGCAUUCGUCGCUCAGUGCUGCACACUGGCCAGCGCAUGAAAAGCAAAGCAGUGCAUACCCCCUUGGGCUCCGUGCUUGCUCAGUACAGGGAGGCAGAGGAGCAGUGGACAAGAGAAAAGGCCGCGCUGCGUCGUGACGCGUUUGCCCAUCGUCGAAGGGCAAACAAAUUUGAGAUCGAAGUGAAAAAGUUUCAGAGCAUGCUGCAGCACAAGACCAUGGAUGUGAAGGCACUGAAGACCGCCCUUGCCAAUCGCGAUUCUCAGCUUGUUGAGCUGCACAAGAGGAUUUCGGAGCUGGAGCAGGGCCAAACGAAGGUCCAGGAAGAAGCGGCUCAUCAGGUGAGCGACUUGGCAACAGAGCGCGACGAGUUGAGGACGCUGCUGGCUGCCAUGCUGAAGAGGCUGGAGUGCGUGGACGAGUUCGUCCACCGCACAGCAGCGUCUUCCUCUGUGAUGGAAGACCGCGUCAGGGCCAUCGAGCAGGAGAGAUUGAGGGCUGUCGCCGAAGCAUCCAAGGCCUCCGGGCUGGAACAAGAGCUGCUUGGGGCGAAAACGCAACUGCACCUCCAGAAGAAGAUGCUGAAGAAGGUAUCAGACAUCCACCUGAAGAAGAACAGGGAGCAGAAGAAGGCAAUCAGGGACGCCCUUGAAGGUUCCCAUCCCAAUCCGCUCGACCUCGCGCCAUGUCUGUCAGACGGCGACAACUGUGACCGAUUGGAGGCCGAUGACUACGAAGAGUCGCUGGCACGCGAUCUAAGGGGCGACAUCCCGCCUAGCAUUCAAAGCAUUCUUGGAAGAUGA